AUGCUAGACCGUAACGUGAAGGCUCUCGGUAGGGCUUCGAGAGAUACAUCUGGAGUCAUGUCUCCCUUCAACUUCUCCAGAAGGGCAACCGGCGAGCGUGACGUCCAGUUCAAAGUUCUGUAUUGCGGCAUCUGCCAUUCUGAUCUCCACAUGAUCAAGAACGAGUGCGGCAUCACACACUACCCUGUUGUUCCGGGGCAUGAGAUUGUGGGGAUAGUAACUGAGGUAGGAAACAAGGUUGAGAAAGUGAAAGUAGGAGACCAAGUAGGUGUGGGAUGCUUAGUGGGAUCAUGCCGCCAAUGCGACCAAUGCUCCGACGAUCUCGAAAACUACUGCUCCAAACAGAUCCUCACCUACAGCAUGCCUUACCUAGACAACACCAUCACCUAAGGCGGCUACUCCAUCGACCUCAUGGUCGCCGACGAGCACUUCAUAUUGCGGUGGCCCGACAAUCUCCCCAUGGACAGGGGCGCCCCUCUUCUCUGUGCCGGCAUCACCACCUACAGCCCCCUCCGCUACUUCGGCCUCGACAAGCCCGGCCUCCGCGUCGCCGUCAAGUUCGCUAAGCCCUUCGGCACCAGAGUCACCGUUAUUAGCACUUCCUUGGGGAAGAAGAAGAAAGCGCUCGAAAGUCUCGGCACGGAUGAUUUCUUGCAAAUGGCUGCCGCGACCAGGACGCUGGACGGCAUCAUUGAUACCGUGUCGGCGCCGCAUCCGCUCCUGCCGUUGAUGAGCCUGCUGAAGCUUCACGCUAGGGUUAUCAUGGUUGGGAAUCCCGAGAAGCCGCUCGAGCUUCCUGUGUUUCCUCUGCUUAUUGGGAGGAAGUCGAUAUUGGGAAGCGGGAUUGGAGGAAUGAAAGAGACGCAAGAGAUGGUGGAUUUUGCGGCGAAGCACAACAUAUUGCCGGAUGUGGAGAUGAUCCCGAUAGACUACGUCAACAGUAACACUGCUAUGGAGCGUCUCUUGAAGUCUGAUGUUAAGUAUCGCUUUGUCAUUGACGUUGCCAGUUCCUUGAAAGCCAACUAG